UAAACUCAGGGUCAGUGGAGGGAAUCGUUGAAGACGAAAGCGGAAGUGUAAAAGAGCAAAUCCUCUUGUUUCUGUUGAUGGUUACUGCCAUCUUCUCUUUGCUGAUUGGCUGGUGAUUGGUCAUGUGACGAGUCACGUUGGUACAAUCACUUCCUGGUUCUCCUGCACACAUGUGAAGUGUCUCUGUCUGUUUUUGUUUUGACCCGGCUACACGUCGUUAUGAGACACAAGCGAGAUGCAAAGUAAUCAUUAUUACUGUGCAUCUGCAGGAGACUUGUAAAACAGAGACGACCCACGUGUUUACAGCAUCACGAUUCACCCUCGUGCUGUUUCCUGCCAAAGAAAACUCUCAGAUCGCGUUUUUUUCCCUCAGAGCUCCACAAUGACAAGAGUGCGUAAAACUCUGGAGUUCACUCAGUUCGAUGAUGUUGCAGAAGCUCUAUCAGCGGAGUCUUGCCACUUUGCUCUGGAAGCGUCCCCUCCAGACUGUGCGAAGGAAGUCUCGCGAUAUGUUGGGGGACAGAGCACACAGGAUCAGGCAUGUGAUGACCCAGCUGAAGCAGAAAGUGAUUCAGGAGACAGCCUGUUCAUCACUCAGAAACCUGCGCCCGAGGCCCAGAGGUCAAGUAGAAGACAGCGGUCCUACAGCCAGAGGUCACAGCCAGCAUCCAUCAGACAGCUAGAGGAAGAAGACUCCUCACCCUCCAACGGAGAGUCCAACACUGUCCAAAAGAGGAGUGGGACAAAGAGAAAGAAAUUCAGGCUGCCGCAGUACAAUUUUCCUUUCCUCUCGGAGAGGAGGCACAGGAGAGCUCGGUUAUCUGUGCGGCACAACACAGCCCUUCAUUAUCAUGCGAUGGGAGGCUUCUUCAAAUGUGUCAAAGAACUGCAGCAGGGUCGUCAGAGGGGAGAUGAUCUGCCUUCAUCAUUACCAACAGUUGACGUGGAAGGACGAUGUAUAGUCCCGCUGUCAGAAGACGAGGAAGAAGGGUCAGACAGUGUGGACAUCAAAGUGGUGGAAAGGAAACGUUUUGUUUUUAAGCCAUCAAAAACAAAGCGCUCACAACCUCCGAAAAGCCCAGAGACAAAAGGCAGCAGCGUGAAUGAACAGAAGAGGAAAGCAAGUAAAGGACAAGAAACGUCACAAGAAAGACAAAGGAUAAUGCAACAUCAUAUACCGGCUAAAGGGUUCAUAUCAACGAGGACACAGUUUUCUUCACAUACAGAGAGCUCUGAUGAUGGAGGUCCUUCUCAAAGUGUUCUGGCUGAGAAGGAGACGAGGGAUAAACAAGUGACGAGUAACAGAAGCAUCCUGGCCCAUAGUGAAACGCCAACAACAGAGAGACGUCUAACCCAAGGAAACAAGAAAUAUAUUCAAGGGAAAGAAAGGGAGGAAGAGCUGUGUGAUGAUAGUGAUGCUACAUAUUGUGAAAGACUUGAGCCACAGGGAAGUCCAAGACUCCAAGACACAGUUGAGGACAGAGAAGCAUCACUAGAUGUUACAGAGCUGCCAGCUGAUGUUUUCAUCACAGAUGGUCUAUCCCAGAUGGAACAGGCAGAAAAAGAACCUGCAAGCAAGAGUCUUCUCCAAAGUCCCCAAGAACCUGUAAGUGGCACUGAUAAUGAGAGUGUGUGCGAUAAAACCAGGCUGAAGAAGAAGAGAAAAGCAAAAGGAGAUGAUGAAAGAAGGGGACAGAGUCAGGAAGAUCCAGAAGUUCUGCACGCUGCAAGAUUUGUGGAGGUGGAGGCAGGAAGGACUCCCAGCCCUACUGAGGAAAACCGAGCAGAGCCUCCGGUGAUGCAGACCCGUGAUGAGCCCGAGAACAUGUUACAUGAUGAUGUCAUAGCGAGACAGGAGGAGAGACACAUUCCGGAUUCCAAACAAAUGAAAAAGAGGAGGAAAGAGAAGCCGGCAGCAGGUGAAGUUGGACAGGAGGAAGGUGGAAACCUCGAAUCUGAAAUGAGAGUGGAGAAGGAAUCACUGACAAGUAACGUGGUGAAUGGUGGCGAGGACAAGAAGCAGAAAAAGGGGAAAAACGGUGUUGUGGAUGAUGAGAAGUUAAAGUCAAGUGUCGUUUCAGAGCCAAUAAAGGAUGAUGGUGAGAUACUGACAAAAAGGAAAAAAAGGAAAAAAGAAAAGAUUGUAAAUAUGGAAAAACAAGGAGAAGUGUUGAAUAUGACCUCAGGUGUAGCUCUGAGGCAGUUAGAGGAAACAGGAGAUUGUUUAGAAAAUAUAGAAUCCACUCAGGAACGAUCAGAACCCAUUUCAGAAAAGAAAAGAAAAAAGCAUAAAAAGAAGCGUCCAUCAGCUGACCAGGAUGAUGUAGAAGUUGGAGCCGAAGAUUUGAUCUUGUCUGUUGAUGUAAGUACUGAAGAAAGUACAGUGAAGAAAAAGAAGAUAAAGGAGAAGAAGAGGGAAAGCACCUCUGAAGGGGUAGAUAUUUCUUGCAUUUCUGACGAAAGAAACAAGGUUUAUGAUGCAGCUCAUUCCCAUAAAACAGGAGGGGGCUCAGGCGACAGAGCUCCUGAGUCUGUGAAGAAGAAAAAGAAGAAGAGGGAAAGCACCUCUGAGGGCGUAGAUAUUUCUGGCACAUUUCAUGAAAACCAAAAGGUUGAUGAUGCAGAUUAUUCCCAGAAAACAAAGGAAGGUGCUAAUGAUGGAGUUGCUGAAUCUGUGACAAAAAAGAAGAAGAAGAAGAAGAAGAAGAAGAGGGAAAGCACCUCAGAGGGUGUAGAUGUUUAUUGCACUCCUGACAGAAAUGAAAAAGUUGAUGGAGAUCAUUCACAGACAAUAAAGGAGGGCUCUGACCACAGAGAUGCUGAAUCAGAGACAAAGAAGAAGAAAAAGAGCGAAAUGCUUAGCAGAGCCGCUUUAGAGGAUGCUGUGGCACAAAGCGAUGAUUCAGUGUCUGUGCGGAAAAAGACGAGGACCUCUUCCUUCCUUGUUGCUGAUGCAGAGGAAAAAGAUGCUCAGACGCACGAGGAACAAAGCUCGCCUUGUUCAAACUCUGCAGCCGCUCCUGUCUGUGGUGCAGGAAAGCCUGGUGUCAGCAGUGGUGCUCCAGAGACUGAAUCAGCAGAAGUUGCUGGAAAUGUGGAGGAAACAAACAAUGUGGCCAGGAAGAAGAAAAGGAAGAGAAAGGUGGAGGAGAGUGUGCAGAAAUAUUGUGAACUGGAAUUUGAGGAACCGAGAGAAACGUGUGAGAGUUUUUUGCCUGAUGCCAAUAAGAUGAGGGUAAAGAGAAAAAAUAAAUCGAAAGGUAAUGAAAGUGAGUCGGUGACCGCCAUGGAAAGAUUAGAAAGUGUGGGCAAUGCAGGGUAUUCUCAAACUGAUGGGGAUGUGGUUUUAAGAAAGAAGAAAAGGAAAAAGCCUAAAUUUGAGACUGACCAUGUGAUACAAGAGAGUCCGACACCUGCCACUGACAGUGUGGAAUCAGGAGGAGCUGCAGUGACAAGCUGCAGCUCAGUUUCACACAAGAAGAAAGGCAAACAGUCGGCCGCUCCUUCGGCCGGAAUGGAGAGUUGUGGUGCUGAAGAAUGUUGUGACGUUUCUGACAAAAUGAGCAAGGAAACGCUGAACCAACCACAAAAUGCCCCCCCAUCUGCACAGACUCCUGGAGUCAUAAAUGAGGGUGUGAGAGUCAAGAAAAAAAAGGGAAAAAAACAGGCAAAGACGAGACUUUAUGACGCGAGUGUGAACUUGUUGACAGAUCAGUAGUUUGACCAGGAGACAACAAACACACACAAAACUACGUUUGUAUCAGUCGCAUGAAGCCAUCAGUGUUUUUAGACCGAAUGUGGGAGAGGAUGUAGAUGAGGCUAUGAGGUGCUGAGGUUCACAUUGACUUUUUUAAUGUUUUUUGUAUCAAAGCGUUUUUUACGAACACCAGUUUCAACUUUUUUGCGUUGAGAUGAACUUUACUCUCCAUUGAGAAACUACUGAGGAAUGUGUAUUUUGGAAAGACGAAACACUUUUUAAUUUCCUACGUUUAAAUGUAAAAUAUUAUGAGGA